UUGCUCUUCACUCAUGUAACCAUGGCUUCGAAGAUUCUCGUGAGACCCAUUCAUACUGCUCCUCCUUCUUCUUCAGGCUGGAUCCAGUCGAUCCAUGGAUUCGAAGCUCCGAUCUAUGGAUCUGCAUCGGUUUUUUGAUGGCUAAUUUGGGUCACUGAUCUGGGUUUUCAAACAUUGCUUCUUACUAAAUUGAGAGACUACAGCGAGAUCUGGUAGGGUUUGCAACCCUUGAUCUUUAUUCUGGAGCGCUUUUUAAAUGGUUGAUGGGCAUUCGAUAAAUGCCAUCAAUUGCGAAUAGAGUCUCUACCUGCACAUGGAGCCGACCAAAUUUUCAAAAGGAUUUAUUCUAUAAGUGCCAAUGUCAGAUUUCAAUGUUUUGGCGAGGGGCCAAGUGCACUGCAGAUGGCAUGGCGAAAUAGGGGGGGUUCUUAAUUCAUUUCUACUGCUUAACCUGCCUUGAAAGUUUUAACGUCUCCUGACCAAGCUCCUCUCACGGCGACCAUGUUGUCAACUACAUCAGCAGUUCGACAUUUUCCAGCAUCAGUAGUUUUACAUGAGCAGCGUGAUGAUUUGAGGUCUCCUACUUCUAGUCCCAAGGAAGAUAAAGCAUAUCAGGAAGUGAUGGAUAGAGCUCGAACGGAGGUCUAUGCAUCUAUUGGCGCAGAGACAAAGAAUUUUGAAAUUGACCAAUAUCUCAAGGACUUUGAACGACAGCUACUUUACUGGCCGGCUUUAUGGUAUUUAUCUCCAUCUCGAAUUCUGCCGAAGUCUUUGUUAUCCUUACCUUUUCAAUGUAAACCUCUAGAGACAGAUAUAGAAAGUGAAAUAAAAGAAAGUAGAAAGAAGCAAACAAACUGUAGCUCAUUGAACCCAAUGGAUGUCCUAGUCCUUGCAAAACGAGCAGUAAUGGCAUCUAAAGCAGCAGCUGCUUUGGUAGAGCAUUCAGAUCUCACAGUUGGCAAUCCUGAUGGAGACAUUUCUCCCUGUUCGGGUUUGAAAGAAAUUUGUAUCCAAGUCCCAGAUGAGGACAUGAGGACUACAAUAAGAUCUAAGCGGCAUUUAGAGAGGCAAAUUAAGAGAAGAAGGGUGCCAAAGAAACUGAAAGAUUUCAGUGCAAAUUUUGAAAUUGGGAAGAAGCCCGAAAAGGUCAAGAAUAAAAGCUUCGAUCCCAAUGAUCCCUUGAGGUUCUUUCUAUGGGGCCCUAUAACAAAACAGCUUUUGACAGAGAAAGAAGAGUCAGAACUGUUUGUAAAAAUUCAGGACCUGAUGAGAGUUGAGGAAGUAAAGAAAGAAUUAGAAAUGCAGUUUGGUUGUGAACCAACCGUAGUUGAAUGGGCAAGAGCUGCUGGGAUGAGUUAUGGGUCAUUGCAGUCUUGCAUCCACUUUGGGAGGAAAAGCAGAGAGAAAAUGAUAUAUGCAAAUUUCCGCUUGGUAGUCCAUGUUGCUAAGAAUUACCAAGGACGAGGGCUGAGCAUUCAAGAUCUUCUGCAGGAGGGGAGUGUGGGACUCAUGAAAAGUUUAGAGAAGUUCAAGCCUAAAACUGGUUGCCGAUUUUCAACAUAUGCUUAUUGGUGGAUACGUCAGGCGAUUAGAAAGUCUUUGUUUCAAAAUUCCAGAACCAUCCGAUUGCCGGAGAAUGUAUAUGGACUACUGACGAAAAUAAAAAAUGCGAGGAGGCUAUAUUUUCAAGAGGGACAUCGUCCAACUAAUGAAGAGCUUGCCCAACGAGUUGGCAUUACUGUGGAUAAACUGGAAACAGUACGUGUAUUUUCAAAGCUUCCUGUCUCGAUUCAGCAGCCUGUUUGGUCAGAUCAGGAUGUCACAAUCCAGGAGAUCACUGCAGAUCCUAAGGUUGAAACCCCAGAGAAAAAUGUAGCCAAGCAGCUGAUGAGGCGGCAUGUUCGCAACCUCCUCAGCCUUCUCAAUCCUAGAGAGAGGCAAGUAAUUAAUUUGAGGUUUGGUAUCCAAGGUAGAGAGAGAAAGUCUCUUUCAGAGAUUGGUGGCAUGUUUAAUGUAUCAAAAGAACGAAUACGCCAAGUUGAAAGCAAGGCUUUGGAGAAGCUCAAGAAUUGCACUCAAACACAAGGCUUAGAAGUUUAUGCAGAGUUACUUAAUUGAAUCAGGGUAAUGUUAUUCAAAAAACCCAUUUUUCUCCAGUUAGAUAAUUGUAUAAGGUGUUAUUUAUAGUAAGAAUCAUUAUACAGUGUAAAGUAGGUAUUGACUGCCUUCCUCUUUGUUAUAAGGGAUGUUGUUCUAUGUUUCCAUGGUAACAGCAGUGCAUGGAUGGUUAUGGAUGGAUGUAUCAUAUCAUUGUAUGCUAUCAUUAUUUUGAUUUCAAUGGAAGUGGUUGUACAGUUAA